ACAUCCAUUACUACUACUACUACUACUACUACUACUACUACUACUAUGAGUGAUUUCAAAAACAUUUCAUCCAAUCAUCCGCUUCACGCUUACCGCAAAUGUGUCGACCAUUUUAUGCCGAUUGUCUAUAAUAGCAGCUACGAUGUCUACUUCUUCAAAAUUGAAACUAUUCAUCCGUUCGAUACGAAAAAGUGGUCAAAAAUAGCGGCAAAUCUUGAAGAAUAUUUCAAAAUUAAAUAUCCGAAAGGAUCCUCCCAUGACAUCAUCGACAACAACAACAACAACAACAACACACUAACAUAUUGUAUAUCUCCAUCUCAUUACAUAACCAAAGAUGAACUAUCAUUAGUUCAUACAAGAAGUUUUAUUUGUCGUAUGCAUUGUUCGCCACUAUCGGUGGCCAAAGCAUCGGAAGUUUGUCCACUGGUUUUGUGUCCGAUAUGUAUAACCGAACGAAAACUAUUGCAACCAAUCAAAUGGCAGACCUCUGGUUCAAUUUUGGCCGGUUUUCUGGCACUUAAGUACGGCUGGGCUAUCAAUAUUGGCGGCGGUUUUCAUCAUUGCAGUGCUAACAGUGCUCAAGGUUUCUGUUUGUUUGCUGACAUUACGCUAACCAUUCGCUAUCUAUGGCAAGAAGUUAGCGACAGAUUAAACAUUUUGAUUGUCGACUGUGACGUACAUCAGGGUAAUGGCUACGCACGGGAUGUCCUAUCUAUGAAACCGCCGGAACAGAAAAGGAUAUACAUAUUGGACUUAUUUAACCCGAAUAUAUUUCCGGGCGACACAAUCGCCGAGACGGCCAUCAAUCGUGUUAUUUAUCUCAAGUCAAAGAUCGACGACAAGGAAUACUUAUCAUUACUUGAAUUUCAUAUGGAGGCCAUAUUAACUACCGAUCAUUUUAAGCCCGAUUUGAUUAUAUAUAAUGCCGGAACUGAUAUCUUAAUUGGCGAUCCAUUGGGUCGGCUAAGGAUAUCAGCAAAUGGAAUUACAAAACGCGAUGAAAUUGUUUUUAGUUUUGCCAAACAAUAUAACAUUUCAAUAGUAAUGCUAUUGAGUGGUGGUUAUCAAAGAAGUAGUGCUCAAGUGAUAGCCCAAUCAAUUCGCAAUCUGUUUGAUAAACAAAUAUUGGAUGUCAUCAACAAUUGA